AGCAUUUCCACCAAAGUAAUCAACUUGCCCACGCCCACAACGGUCGCCGUCUUCAGCACAAAUCCCUGACACUGCCGCAUUCGUCAAUCACCGUCAACAUCCUAGUAAUUCGUCGUAGGCAUUCUAUUUUGCAAUGAACGGUGGUAAGAGAGGUCAACCGACGGCUCCGCCAAAGCACAUCAACGAUUUCACGAAGGCACUUGCGAGCGAAGUGCGCAUCCUUCUACAGGAAGUUGGUCAACUUCGGGAUGAACGACGACAGUUACAAUAUGAGAUCGCAGAACUCAUGGCUGUGAAGUCAAAGCACGGAGCUGGAGGAGAAUAUACACCAGAUUGGGCUCCGAAACCGGGUCCAGAAGCACUGCCUGCACCUCUACCACAGCCCGCGAUUGAAGACGUCCCGCGCGAGCCUGCACCUCCGGCAUGGCGGACGAUCGUGAAGCACGAACCACGCCGUCCGAAGCACAAAGCCAAGAGCCCACCACCUCAGCAGAUCACUGGCGCACCUGCACCCGCAAUACCCUCUCCUCAGUUACCAGCGUGGGCGCAAUGGAAACCGAAUCCACUUGUAACACCUCAGCCGAGGAUGGGUUCAGCCCCAGUACCUGCUACACCACCUGCUCCUGCACCUAAGGAUGAUGGCCUUUUCGGUCCGCGGACUCCACCUCCGAAGUGACCCGCUGGCACGAUUGAUUCUGGCAUUCAUUGGAUUAUCUCACUCGUAAUCCUUCGUCCAUGCUCACGAUUUUGUUCAUUUAGCAUUAUCGAGAUUUGCGUUAUCUUUUGUUAAACGCUGCUUUCCUUAUUUCCCGUGUUAGCCCUUUUCGAUUCCUUUUGAGGAUGUACCUUACUGUCGUGUCCGAUGAACUUGUGCUUGUUGUCGUUUUCUAUUGCGCGUUUCUGCUUGAAUAAUGUAAAUUAUCUAAGUCCG